AAGAAAUCCAAGGGUAAGCUCUUCCAGUGCACAGGCUAUCCGGGCUGCUCUAUGAUCUUCACGCGGUCCGAACAUUUGGCCAGACACAUCCGCAAACACACGGGCGAAAGACCCUUCCAGUGCGACUUCUGCUUCAAAAAGUUCUCCCGCUUGGACAACUUGCGCCAGCACAAGCAGACCGUCCACCAGUUCCAGAUGUCCAACGGCGCAAGCAACACCGUCCCCGGAGGCCACCGUGCGGCCGAAACCGGCGGCAGUGGUACCCCGACAAACAGCAACAGUGGCACCCCGCUCACAAACUCAAUGUUGCCGCCACCAAGAAGAAACAGCUUGCUACAAAGCAGGGGAUACUCGGAGUUCAGACCCACUUCUUCAAACAAACCUGUCCCCAUCAUCAUAGAAAACGCAGACUCCUCGGCUCCAGGUUCUUCUUCUUCUUCUUCGGUCUCUUCAGCUAAAAACAAUUCAAACUUUUCUGGAAAAAUCCUCAAUCACCACCACAGAGGCAACAACGCAAUCAUUACCCCAAGCACAGGAACGGGUAAGUCCGGCGCAAAGGAUGGCCAUUUGAAGUCACAAUCCCACAGUGCUCGUGCAGGAUUGCAGUUUCCUGUCGGUAGAAUCAAGAGAUAUUUGAAGAGAACCGCCCAAAACAAGAUCAGAGUCGGUUCGAAGAGUGCUAUCUACCUAGCAGCAGUGCUAGAGUACUUGACUGCAGAAGUACUAGAAUUGGCAGGUAACGCUGCAAAGGACCUUAAGGUCAAGAGAAUAACACCAAGACAUCUUCAAUUGGCAAUCAGAGGUGACGAAGAAUUGGAUACCCUGAUUAAGGCCACCAUCGCCUAUGGUGGUGUCUUGCCACAUAUAAACAAGGCUUUGCUAUUGAAGGUCGAGAAGGGCAAAAACAGG